AUGAAGGAUAAUUUUGUGUGGGACUGUUCACGUAUCAAACUGUGGAACAACGUGGCAUCCUGUAUGGAGAAAUGGUUCGGUGAUAAACGGCUGUGGUUAUUUGGCAACAACCUGCCGCUGCUACCGAGGAGAUGGGAAGUACGACUCAUGAUCAGUUACUCAACUACACACACCGCGUAUUGUACCACGGUGGUACCGUUAAAGUCUAAUUCCUAUAGAUUUGUAUCUCCUCUCCUCUAUAAUCUACACGUCAGGGGAGUGCUAGACUUCCGCCGGGGUUGCGGGGUUAGCGCAAUGAGGCACCGCGACCUCGGCCCGGAGCAGGAGAAGGAACAGGGAGGUUUUUAGUCACGCGCGAGCAGUCGCGCGAUGGAGCGCUACGAGAAGCUCGCCAAGUUGGGCGAGGGCUCGUACGGGCUCGUGUACAAGUGCCGCAACCGGGACACUGGCGAAAUCGUCGCCGUCAAGAAGUUUGUGGAGAACGAAGAUGAUCCACUCAUCCGGAAGAUCGCACUCAGGGAAAUUCGGAUGCUAAAAACACCAAUUCUAAAUCCUCUGUAUCCGCUGCACCAAGAGUGUCAGCCAAUUCUAAAUCCUCUGUAUCCGCUGCACCAAGAGUGUCAGCCAAUUCUAAAUCCUCUGUAUCCGCUGCACCAAGAGUGUCAGCCAAUUCUAAAUCCUCUGUAUCCGCUGCACCAAGAGUGUCAGCCUAUUCUAAAUCCUCUGUAUCCGCUGCACCAAGAGUGUCAGCCUAUUCUAAAUCCUCUGUAUCCGCUGCACCAAGAGUGUCAGCCUAUUCUAAAUCCUCUGUAUCCGCUGCACCAAGAGUGUCAGCCAAUUCUAAAUCCUCUGUAUCCGCUGCACCAAGAGUGUCAGCCAAUUCUAAAUCCUCUGUAUCCGCUGCACCAAGAGUGUCAGCCAAUUCUAAAUCCUCUGUAUCCGCUGCACCAAGAGUGUCAGCCAAUUCUAAAUCCUCUGUAUCCGCUGCACCAAGAGUGUCAGCCAAUUCUAAAUCCUCUGUAUCCGCUGCACCAAGAGUGUCAGCCAAUUCUAAAUCCUCUGUAUCCGCUGCACCAAGAGUGUCAGCCAAUUCUAAAUCCUCUGUAUCCGCUGCACCAAGAGUGUCAGCCUAUUCUAAAUCCUCUGUAUCCGCUGCACCAAGAGUGUCAGCCUAUUCUAAAUCCUCUGUAUCCGCUGCACCAAGAGUGUCAGCCAAUUCUAAAUCCUCUGUAUCCGCUGCACCAAGAGUGUCAGCCUAUUCUAAAUCCUCUGUAUCCGCUGCACCAAGAGUGUCAGCCUAUUCUAAACCCUCUGUAUCCGCUGUACCUAGUGUAUCAGCUAAUUCUAAAAUCUCUGUAUCCGCUGUGCCCAAAAACCUAG